UGCGACUGCAGAACUGCUUUGCAGCUGGAUGACCUCGAUCCGCACGAAACUAGGGUUUCCAUUUCUGAGGUCAAGCAGCGCAAAUUUCUUGGCAAUGCCUGUCUGGUUGUGUUUGCCAGGACGCGCAGGGUUGACUGACGAGUCGCUUUGCUUCCAAAAGGCACACUGAUUUUAGCCGAGAAUUGAAGAAGGCGGCAAACGGAGGGAUGAAAGGCAUUAUUUUGACGUCUGCACUCGGUCAGCUGUGUCGGGUGUCAGUCAACCAAAACAUACGGUCCAAGGGAAUUGGACUGUCAUGUUUAAAAGAAUUGCAACACAGGACAUUGACAUGUUUUGCCAGAAAGCAAACGGGCGCCCUAAAUCUCAAACAUAAACACACCGAAGGCUCGACUGGAGGUCGACUGGAGACGACUCUCUCAAAUGGGCGCUGGCCGGUUGGGAGCAGUGGGGCACGAGGGCUGUUUGGGCGGGGCGGCGGAGGGGGCGACCAGCCCCAGCAGACCCUGGAGGGCCUGGCCCGGGGCAUCGGGGAGGGGCAGUUCCGCAGGGUUGUGGUGAUGGUGGGGGCCGGCAUCAGCACCCCCAGUGGCAUCCCGGACUUCAGGUCUCCAGGCAGUGGUCUCUAUGACAACCUGCAGCAGUACAACCUCCCGUACGCGGAGGCCAUAUUUGAGAUAAACUAUUUCCACUACAACCCCGAGCCCUUCUUCGCCCUGGCCAAGGAGCUGUACCCGGGGAACUACCAGCCCAACGCCACCCACUACUUCGUCCGGCUCCUGCAGGAUAAGGGUCAGCUGGUCAGGAUGUACACACAGAACAUCGACGGCCUGGAACGCAUGGCCGGAAUCUCUCCCAGUAAGCUGGUGGAAGCUCACGGAACAUUCUCCAUGGCGACCUGCACAGUGUGCCUGAGAGAGUACCCUGGGGAGGAGCUACGGGCAGACAUCAUGGCCAGCACGGUGCCAAAGUGCCCAACCUGUACAGGGGUCAUCAAGCCCAACAUUGUGUUCUUCGGCGAGGAGCUUCCGCAGAACUUCUUCCUGUACCUGACGGACUUCCCCCUGGCCGACCUCCUCAUCGUCAUGGGAACCUCUCUGGAGGUGGAGCCCUUCGCCAGCCUGGCGGGGGCAGUUCGGGGCUCCGUACCCCGUCUCCUGAUCAACAGGGACCCGGUGGGGCCCUUCGCCGGCAGGGCCCUUCGCCCAAACGAUGUGGCGGAACUGGGAGAUGUGGUGGGCGGGGUACGCAAGCUGACGGACAUCUUGGGCUGGACACAGGAGCUGGAGGCACUCAUGGCAGCCGAUAGGAGUAAGGCACAGUCGGAGAGAGCCAAUGAGGAGUGAGGGGGGGGGUCUGGCCACAGCCUGGCACAUGACUGGAGCACUCGGGUUAGCGGUUCUGCCUCGGAGCCAGGAGCACCAUGUGACCACCAGGCGGAACCCUGCUCUCUGUUUCCCAGGUUACGUGGCCGACGCCCCGCCCCCCCCCCUCUGUGGACGGUUGGAUUCCCCUGGAAUGACUGCCCUUGUGCGGGGCGGUAAUGGCGGUAUCCUGGGCGAGGUCGUCUGGCGGCCAAACGGAUGGCCUGUGGUAGACUCUGUUCCCAGAGCAAAUAGGAGACUUCAGCCUCGCCACACACAAACACUUAAGUGAUAAUGAAUUCUGCAUUUAAUUUAAUUUAAUUUAAUUUAAUCUCCCAACCAGACUGCAGGAAGCCAGACUUAGAAUGUUACUGUUGUUUCUGUAUCAGUGAUGAUGUAAUGUCCAGUGGCAUGCCCUGGGUGAUGUACCAGGGCCCAGUCAAUCCGAUGUGUAAUGGUGUUUUGUGUACUGGAACAGUGGGGGAAAAAAACAGGCUGCACAAUGGUAGAUGAAAUGAACAUUUUACAUUUUUUUUAAAUAAUCUUACAUUACACAUUGUAACAUAGUAUAAAUAAUUAAAAAUGAAGACUUUAUUUGUUUAAAUCUGUUGUUUUUUUUUUUUUGUUUUUUUUUUUUUUUAAUCCUUGCUCUCCUCUACGCAACGCAGUGUCCAUGGGUAUAAAUAGGUCAGCAGUGUCUGUCAGUCCCCCGGGCGGGCGUGGUUUUGUCUGACCGCAGAAUCAUUGGCUUCGGAGAUUCAUAGCCAGAGCUCAUACUUCAGGUGCGGGGAAAAAGUUACGACCAUUUAUUCAGGUUACGACCAUUAAUUCUGUGUCUCCCAGCCAAAACAGCGCACUGUUCUGUGCAGAGCUUACUCUAAUUCUCAAAAUUUACUUUAAACAAAAUAAAAUCAAUAAAUAACAUUUGGGUUAUAUAGAUCAAUCAAAACCAGACAAAACGCAGGAUACUUGCCAAUUAGUGUUGGUUGAAUUUCACCAAAAGUACAAAAUCUAGCUGUUUGGAACCGAAAUUAGUUUUUCGUGAGCAUGCAAAUGCAGAAACCCGCGAUUGUUUAGGCUGCUAGGUACCGACUGAGCGACAGAACAUAGCCAGAGACAGGAAGAACCCGUCUCGGGCGUGAGGAAAAGCUAGCUGUGCACUGUACACUACUGGAGGUUAUGUGUGCGGAGUGAAGCUCUAACGUAAAGAUCAGUGAGAAGGGGAGAGGAGCUGGUGAUUGGACAAAAACACGGUCUCCGCCUGUCAUAAAAACGAAAUCUGGGGUUGUUAUUCGUACCAUAAAAACGUACCACAAAGGCACAGUUUCUCUAGUCGUUCAUCUUUUUGGGUGGCGAUCCCGAUAUUCUACGGCGCUUUCACAAGGAAACGCAGCAUAUCCGCACCAACCCGGGUUAAAUCUGAUCUGUUCUCCUGUUUUUGUUUGAGUGAAGUUUGUUCUCAGUGUCCAGCUGGUGCGCUCGGUCCGGUCCGGUCCGGUUUGGUCCGGUUCAGUCCGGUCAGUGUAGCUGAUGCAGAAGGUCUUUGUGUGGCGGUCUCUCUCUCUCUCUCUCUCUCUCUCUCUCUCUCUCUCUCUCUCUCUCUGUCUGUCCCUCGAACCCGUGUGUCAGCGUCCCGGCGUGGCGUCGGAGGCCUGCCUUCCCAUCAGCCCCCUCACUCGAUCUCUUCCUCGCUGUCGGGCUCGCUGCGCUGGCCCCGCCGCACCAGACGCUCGAAAUCGCCCGGCUCCAGCGAGGUCAUCUUCCCAUCGGCCCCCAGCUUCAUCGGCUGGAUCACGUGAUCUCUGCAAACAGACACGGA